AGAUUUCUAUGGUACCAUGAUUCAGCGGAAAUUGCACCAACAAAUAAGAAAUUUAAUAAUUAAUAAGAACGGAAACAGUAAUUAGAAAAUUAAUACAAGGAAAUUAACAAGGGUAUGCCCCAACGCUGGUAAUAACUAUACAAAAAAAUAACAUUGUCUGGAAUUAUGUGGGUGUUUGGAUACGGCUCACUGCUUUGGAAAAUAGAUUUUCCAUACGAAGAAAGGGUGAUUGGGUACAUAAAAGGUUACCAGAGAAGAUUCUGGCAGCAUAGCACUGACCAUAGAGGAAUACCGGAAAAACCUGGAAGAGUAGUCACCCUGAUAAAAGAACCAGAAUCUACUGUAUGGGGUGUUGCAUACAGGAUACCGGAAAACAGAGUCCAAGAAGUUAAGAAAAAUCUCGACUACAGAGAAAAGGGAGGGUACACUGCAGAAUAUGUUCUUUUCCAUCCCCGAGACCAGGGCCUGCAACCUUUUAGCUUGAUGAUAUAUAUUGGGAAUCCAGGAAAUCCAGAUUUUGCUGGACCCGCACAAUUGAAAGAUAUUGCAGAUGUUAUAAGCAGUUCUGUUGGCCCAAGUGGCAGGAAUACAGAGUAUUUGUUUAAUCUUGCAAAGUACGUACGGCAGCAUAUACCUGAGGAUAAAGACAGCCAUUUAUUUGAAUUGGAAAACUUGGUAAAAGCAAAGUCUUAGCAAGCAAUUCCUUUGCACUUUGCUUUUAUUAAGUACAUAUUAAAAUUGAUUUAGAAUAAUAGUCUGCUAAAAGCAUGAGUAAAUUAAAAUGCCUUGCAUUAAGUGCAAUGUCUUUUAUGUAUUUUAAAUUGUCAUUCACCUUUUUCUGUUUCUAUGUAAGAACUUUUCGCAUCCAAAAUUUCUUCAUAUUUUCGUUUGUUUUGAUUUGCAGCAUUUUCAACUUUGGUGGUGGGGGAAUGUUAUGCGAGACAUUUGAUGUAUGUUCCAUGGGUUCAACUGUACUGUUAUUAUGUUCCAUAGUUCGAUUUAUACUGUUAUGUUCCAUUAGUUGAUUCGUACUAUUGUGUGCGUUGGAUUGAAUACUGUGACGUGUACCGUUUUUCAACUGAAAUACACACAGCAGAAAAUGGA